UCAGCAGUAGCGUGUACUGACAGCCUAGAACCCACAAACACGUGAACGCACCCUAUGCAAAGCUGGUUGGAGAGUUCUCCGCCGUAAAGAACGUCUUUAUCGCAGGGAAGCAGCAACAAUGCACAACAGUUCUAGGAAGUGUGUUCAACUUGCUUUGCUUAGUGGAAUUCUUCUGGCCGCCCUCUGUUAUUUUUGGAAACCUAGCAGCAAAGAGGUUGACAUAAGCUCAAGCCAGGUUACGCCCAUUAAAAAAUUCUUCACUGGGAAAAUUGGAGACGCCACAAAUGGUUAUAAGGACAUUUCCUACCACAUAAAGGAGGAAAUGGCAAGUCAUUUGGCUCAAAAUGCCUGCGUAUGCCAGGCUGAUGAAGAAACCUUUCACCUACCAUUGUCAAAUCUGCUCUUUCCACACGUGUGGGCUCACAAUCUUGAUCAAGCAUUUUUGGAGCUCCACCCUGAUCCUGAAAGUGUAAAGCAGCACAGAGCUGAUGAGUACAACAACCUUCAAGAAAGGUCCUACAAUCCUGCAGAUGUGCUUAAUGUAGCUGAGGCCAACAGUCCUCUUCAGUAUCCUACCCAAGGGGUGCUGGUGCGACCCCUAAAGACAAUCAUCAUUCCUGGUUUAGCCCUUAAAGAAGAAACAAGAUCAGUUCACAUGGUAUCUUUGACUGCAACACUUGGAAGUUUUGAUGUUGCUGCUAAGGUGGACAUGGUCUCCAUCCAGGGAGUGGGAGAGAAGAACAUGGUUCUGUCGAGUCCUCUUCUCUCUGCUCUGAACAAACAACUGCAGUUUGUCACCUAUACAAACAUCGUGUUUCAUCCGAAGACAGCAGACACAAUUCAGUUUGCAACUAAAGACCACCAGUCAUUUUUCACCAUCAAAAUUGAACACAGAAACAAUCCGAAACUUUACAACUCGGGAUACCAAAAAGAGUACAAUAUUACAGCUCUAGUUACCAUCGCCACCAAGACCUUUCUGCGCUAUGACAAACUGAAAGAUCUCAUUGACAGCAUAAGAAAAUAUUAUCCCACCGUCACUAUUGUGAUAGCAGAUGAUAAUGAACACCCUCAGCCCGUGACUGGUCCUCAUAUUGAACACUACAUUAUGCCAUUUGGAAAGGGUUGGUUUGCAGGUAGAAACCUGGCAGUGUCUCAGGUAAUCACCAAAUAUGUACUCUGGGUGGAUGAUGAUUUCAUCUUUACUGCAAACACCAAGUUGGAGAAGAUGGUGGACAUCCUAGAAAAGACCACCCUGGAUCUGGUUGGUGGUGCAGUCAGAGAGGUGACAGGUUACACUGCAACUUAUCGUCACACCAUAUCGGUGGAGGAUGGCGGAAACGAGGGUGACUGCUUACAUAUCAGACUUGGCUACCACCAUGCCAUCAAAGGAUUUCCCAACUGCGUGGUAGCUGAUGCUGUCAUCAACUUCUUCAUGGCGCGGACGGUCAAAGUGCAGCAGGUUGGAUUUGACCCGCGCCUCGCACGGCAGGCCCAUCUAGAGUUCUUCAUCGACGCUCUUGGCCACCUCCACAUCGGCUCCUGUAGUGACGUCAUUGUGAGUCACGCGUCAAAGAUCAUACUACCCUGGAGUAAAACAGACGUACAAAAGGCCUAUGAAAAAUUCCGCUACUCAUCGUCAGCCACGAAUGCCAAAACUCAUAAUGAAAUCUUCUACUUUAAGAACAGGUUCAAAUGCAUGACCAGUCAAUGAAGUGUGAGAAAUAGUUUUGCUCGGGUAAAAUAAGACAAACUGUUUAUUUUGGCUUUUACUGACAAAAGAACUGGGUGGAUUACCCAGUUAUGAUCUUUGGUAUCCAAGGUUGGUGUUUGUUUUCUUUUUUUUUGUUUUUUAUGUUUGUGGCUUGUAGUGUUUCUAGCAACUCUCUGGAAACUUGUAAAUCGCCUUUUGACUUUUUUCAAAGCUUUUCAAACUGAUUUGCAAAAUGUUGACACUGAAAAGGAAAAUCUUCAGUUACAUAAUAAAUAGCUUCAGCUUGUGAAGCACCGCAUUUUUUUUUUAUUUAUUUUAUUUAAACAGGUUCUAAAAAAAAUGGAGUUAAGAAAAAGGUACGUUGUUGCAAGUCACAAUAUAGCAGCAAGUAUUCUACAGCAAAACAGUUCCAGUUUGAUAAAAAUGGCUUUGUAAACUAAUGCCCAGUGUCACAUGAUUGUUUUUGUUGUUUAAGUUGUUUCAUUUGUAUGUAUUUUUAGUAGGAUACUGUUAUGCCCCACUUAGAAACGAAGUGUUAACUGGGGUGGGGGGGACACAAAGUGAAAAAGAAAACUCCUGAAAAAUGUCAUUAAACAUGAUUUAUUGCACAAAACUACUAAAGUAAAGAUGAACACAGGGAAGCUCUUUUCUUCAGGGUCUCCAAGGCCAAAACAACAAAUAAAACACCCUCUUUAACUAAGAAAUGAACCAAGAACUCUUUAGCCGAAAACAAAAUACAAUGGCUGAGCUCCCUGUCUAGCAAAAGCAGGAGCAAACGAUUGAAACAAAAAUGGCAGAGAACCCCUACCUGCUUCCUCUGUGAUUAACCAAUUACCACUGUAAAGGCACACUGUUGCUCACAAUAAAGAAAGAAAGAAAUGGGGGAAAGUGGAAGGGGCGUGGCGGUUUGAGAUAUGCCGUGGCUGACGAGCUGCAAUACACCUCAGCUGCGGCUCAUGAGGCAGACCUGGAACACAGGAAAGGGAGAAAAAAACUCUCACAGAGGGAGAGCCACUAGAGGUCAGCGACCAUAACAAAUACUCAGGUCAACACUCUUUGUUUUUUCCCUCUCCCCUAAUGUCAGUGAUUUCACAAUAUCCUGCUGCUGUGACUGUGUCUCUAAAUUUAAUCUAUGAAACCUUUAGUCAGUAAUUUACGUAAACAGAUGCUGUCUCUGUCUUUUCUUAACAGUAUUUCUAAAAAUGCUUGUUUAAUAUUUUUUAGAGUGUAUCGUUUGUUUGUUUGUUUGUUUG